UGUGCCACCCGCUGUCUGUGUCGGCAACGUCGUUUUCGUUUUCGUUUAUUCAGUGAUCAAUCUUUACAUUUUGCAGUUUUGCUUUUGCAGUGGAGGAUAAAUCUCCGAAUCUCAAAAUUUCACGUUUUAUUCAACGGAUUCUAUUAACCGUAACUAAAAUGUCGUCUGCUGUGGGAACCGAAUUGAAAUUCACACGCCUCAGUGAAAACGCAUUUCCGCCGAUGAAAGGUUCGGAAAAAGCCGCAGGAUUCGAUCUGAAAAGUGCAUAUGACUACGUGGUGCCAGCUCGCGGCAAGGAACUUGUGAAGACAGAUCUGCAGAUUGAAUUGCCGACUGGUUGCUACGGCAGAGUGGCUCCGCGAUCAGGCCUGGCUCUUAAAAACUUCAUUGACGUCGGAGCUGGCGUUAUUGAUGAAGAUUACAGAGGAAAUGUUGGCGUUGUUAUCUUCAACCAUUCUGAUUCAGACUUUGAAAUCAAGAAAGGCGAUAGAAUUGCCCAAUUGAUCUGUGAAAGAAUCUACUACCCUGUACUGAAAGAGGUUACAAAUCUCUCAGAAACCAAAAGGGCAGAGGGAGGCUUUGGCUCAACAGGCAAAUAAUGCAUUUGAUUUUUGAAAACAUUAAGUUUAUUAAUAACAGUUAUACAUAGAAUUAAAAUGUGAUAAAAUAAGGAAUGUCAACUAACAGACUAUCUGUUCCAUUAAGAGUUAAGUUUGUACUUUAAGCUAGUUAUUGCUUUAAAAAUU